AUCGCAUUCUCUCGCUCCCAGGUAUUAAAGCAUUCAUCCCACACGCACACACACACACACACACAGAGCAUGCACUCAAAUCUUUAAUUUUCUUAAUUAGGUCUCAUUCAAUUUCUUUGAUUAUUUUUGGAGCUUUUUAGUUCUUUCGUUUUUGUUUCUCUCUCCAUCAUUUGUUGUUGUUUUGAUCGUUUGCCGUUUCUCAUUUGAGCUUGUGAAUUGCAAAUCCCAACCAAUUUGCGAUUUACAGAAUUUGUUUCAUUUUAUUUUGGUUUUUCCAAUCCGUUUCCGAGAGGUUUGAUAACAGUAGAAUGAAUCAUUUACACUGAUACGUUCGCUCGAGGAUUUGUGAGUUAUGAAUAUGCGUGUGGCAAGAUUGAUGAAAUUUGAUUUUUGGUCAGGUUUUAAAUUGGUCAAUUGUGGAAUUUUUACUGUGACCAUGUUGUUUGGGUGAUGAAAUUAAUCUUAGUUUUCAAUUCUUAGCAGAUUGCUCCAGUUUGGGGGACGUUUUAUACCACCUAGUUUCUGAAAGUAGUUUUUUAGUGGGAAAUGAGCAUUGAGGCAGAAUGAAAAGGGCUGGGACUAAAAGGUUGGGAAAAUAUGAGGUCGGAAGAACUAUUGGAGAAGGAACCUUUGCAAAGGUUAAGUUUGCACAGAACACUGACACCGGUGACAGUGUGGCUAUCAAAGUCCUUGCCAAGAGCACCAUCCUCAAACACAAAAUGGUUGAUCAGAUUAAAAGAGAGAUAUCCAUAAUGAAGAUUGUAAGACAUCCGUACAUAGUUCGGCUUCAUGAGGUUUUAGCUGGCAAGACAAAGAUAUAUAUAGUUCUCGAGUUCGUAUCCGGAGGAGAACUUUUUGAUAAAAUUGUUCACCAAGGAAGGCUUCCUGAAAGUGAAUCAAGACGUCACUUUCAACAACUUAUAGAUGCUGUUUCACACUGUCAUUGUAAGGGUGUCUAUCACAGAGAUUUAAAGCCUGAAAAUUUACUCCUUGAUUCCCAAGGAAAAUUGAAGGUUUCUGAUUUUGGACUGAGCGCAUUACCUCAACAGGGAGUCGAUCUUCUUCACACCACUUGUGGGACUCCAAACUAUGUGGCCCCGGAGGUGCUAAGCAACCGGGGAUAUGACGGUGCCGCUGCUGAUGUUUGGUCUUGUGGAGUUAUUCUAUUUGUGUUGAUGGCAGGAUAUCUCCCUUUUGAUGAGACAGAUCUUCCUACCUUGUAUCUGAAGAUUACUGCUGCAGAAUUCCACUGCCCGUAUUGGUUUUCUCCGGGCGUUACAGCAUUGCUACGCAAACUACUGGAUCCCAAUCCGGAAACUAGAAUUAAGAUAGAAGGAAUUAGAAGAGAUCCCUGGUUCCGGAAAAACUAUGUCCCUGUAAAGCACACAGAAGAUGAAGUGGUGAAUUUGGAUGAUGUUCAUGCAGUUUUUGAUGACAUUGAGGAUAACUAUGUUACUGAACAAUCUGCAAAGAUGGAUAAUGGACCGCUCGUGAUGAAUGCUUUUGAGAUGAUCACUCUUUCUCAAGGGUUAAACCUAGCAGCCUUAUUUGAUCGGCAGCAGGAUUAUGUCAAGAGGCAAACUCGUUUUGUUUCUCGCAAACCUGCUGGUGUCAUAAAUGCAACAAUAGCAACAGCUGCAGAAUCAAUGGGUUUGAAAGUACAUGCACGAAAUUACACGACAAGACUCGAAGGGGUCUCAGCUAAAAGGGCUGGUCAAUUUGCUGUGGUACUGGAGGUUUUUGAAGUCGCACCGUCUCUUUUUAUGGUGGAUGUAAGGAAGGCUGCUGGGGACACCCUUGAAUAUCACAAGUUCUACAAGAACUUUUGCACGAAGCUUGAUAAAAUUAUUUGGAAGCCAGAGAAUGCAUCCGACAGUGCUCUGCUUCAAACAGUGACUUGCGGAUCUGGUAGUGCGGGCAUGAAGCAAUUCAAAAAGUAG